AUGGUCGAUAUCACGAGUGACCAUGUUCAUACUGCCGAUAGACUUGUGCCACUAGAGGCGCACAUCAUGAGUAAAUGCCCUGACGCAAAGGACGGACUUGAACUACUAGUACUGCCCGUUAUGCAGCGCGUCCAUGAUAAGGUUAACUUCACCUUAUCUUACAUUGGCCGGCCAACUGCCAACGACGGCGUCGACUGCAUGCACGGCCCUUCAGAAUGCAUGGGCAACAUCAUCGAACUCUGCGCCCGCGAACUCUACCCCGAUCCCAAGAUCAACCUCGGCUUCAUCAUGUGUCUAAGCCGUGACUACAGCGAAAUCCCCGAACGCUCACUCGUCGAAGACUGUGCUCUCGAGUCCGCGAUCGAUUUCCAGCAACUUAACGACUGCGCUGUAAAGGAGGAUGGUGCCUAUGGCUUGAGUCUCCUACGGGAUAGCAUCAAGAGAACUGCAGAUGUAUGCUGA